AUGGCGAUUCCAGAGAUCAAAGAGAUGAAGGCGCAGUGGCAUGCCGAAGUGCAGCCUGAGUACACAUUAAAAGAUGUUGCAGCGCAUAACCUUAAAGAUGAUAUCUGGAUUGUUAUCCACGGACAGGAGUCAGUCUUUGAUAUCACAAAGUAUAUGCAAGAUCACCCUGGAGGUGCAGAUGUCCUCGUUGAAGUGGCUGGCAGUGAUGCCACGGCAGCCUACGAGGACAUCGGCCAUUCAGAAGAUGCACGCGAAAUCAUGCAACCAUACAUGAUCGGUACACUUCAGAACGCAAAGGAGUACAUUAGGCCACAGGCAGUUCGCGUGAUCACCCAGAAGCCAGUUGAGAAGCCGCGCUCUGCAAUUGGCACGGUCAGCAAAGUUGUUGGUGCUAUGAGUGCCUUGUCAUCCUUGGUCUAUAUUUAUCACCGGGGAAUACUGGGUCCAUUUGGAAUAAAUAAAUUCCUUCCCCAACAACUGAGCAGCAUCCGCCUCCCACGGGGAGGGUUCACAAACGGAUUCCUCACGGCCACCGUCAUUUCUGCCGCGGUUGGGAGCGUUAUUGCUCAACAAGUGGCCAAAUUUACCAAGAUCGAAUCUGGCUUCACGCGUUAUCCACCACAUAUCAAAGCCCGAAAGGUGGUCAGAAUCGGCCCGCACCUGGCAAAAGGCUUCCUUGACCCGAAAGAAUAUCAGUGCUUGCCCUUGGUCCAAAAAGAUCAGUUGUCACCAAAUGUUUACCGAUUUGUAUUCGCUUUGCCCGAUGCCAAUGACAUCAUUGGUCUUCCCAUCGGCCAGCACGUCGCUAUUCGAGCAGUUAUUGAUGGGUUGACAGUGACCCGGUCGUAUACGCCAGUUUCCAACAAUAUCGACCGAGGCCGACUUGAACUGGUUGUCAAGUGCUAUCCAGAUGGUCUGCUUAGUGGUCGUUACCUGGCAAACCUGACAGUAGGUGAUGAGGUCGAAUUCCGGGGUCCUAAGGGAGCGAUGCGCUACAGCAAAGGCCAUUGCCAAAAGUUGGGGAUGGUGGCCGGAGGAACCGGAAUUACGCCCAUGUACCAGUUGAUUCGUGCAAUCUGCGAAAACGACAGGGAUACGACAGAGAUCAGCCUGGUAUACGCCAACCGGUCGGAAGGAGAUAUUUUGCUGCGUGAAGAGCUGGAAUCAUUUGCACGAAGGUAUCCCAACAACUUCAAGCUAUGGUACAUGUUAGAUGCCCCUUCGGAGGGUUGGACUUACGGGACUGGCUAUGUGAACCAAGCAGUUCUUACAGAGCACAUGCCUGCACCAUCUCCGGAUACGAAGAUUCUUCUUUGUGGGCCUCCAGUGAUGGUAAACGCAACUAAGAAGACGUUGGCAUCCAUGGGGUUUCAAACGCCUGGGUCAGUCUCGAAGAUGAGCGAUCAGAUCUUUUGUUUUUAA